AUUUAUUGAAAAAAAAAUGUAACUGUACAAAAAGUAAAAGUUGCUUCAUAACUCCUCCAAAUCAUGUUGUUUCUCCUGCUUCUUAUCCUUGACUAAUAUUGACGCCUCAUCAUCUAAUUUUUCCCUCAAAAACCCCCUUUCCAAGUAUCUCCUAGGUUGGCCUUUUCAUAACUUCCAUCAUCUGAUUUCUUCAUUAUUACUCUUCAUUUCUCUUAGCAACCUAAUUCCAGACUCUUCAUUCUCCUGAUUUCCCCAGACUGAAUUCCUGCAUCCCUGUUCACUCUUCCUCACUUUUAUACUUCCAAAGAGGAAAAACUUGGGGGUGAGAGCAUUGCUAGAGACAUUAGUAUCACUCUCUGCUCUUCCUGCCUCUUGAAAUUGAGUUUUCCCUUUUCAUAAAUUAAUGCCAAUCCUCCCAUUAACAAUUUUUGCAAAACAGUAAAUACUUGUCCUUCUCCUUACAUAGGUAUCAAAAGGGUUCAGAAACAGGUAUACAGUCUUAUUUUAUUUUUUUAUUUUGGCAUAGGUAUACAGUCUUUAAAUGGAAACAGUAAAAGCUAUCCAUUAUUUGUUUUUUAAUUGUAACCAUCAAGAAAUAAAAGUUAAGGAUUUACAUUUCUCUCUCUCAUAGAACUUUUUAAAUGUAAAGUAACAGAAACGUUGGUUUUACUUUAAGUGGAGAAAUUUAUUUGCACCAUAUACGACCAUUAAGAAUGUAGAUAAUGUUAUUUUCUUCCUUAAUGAAGGAUACCAGUCAGGUAUCCAGAACUGACAUUUGUCAGAUAGUCUACUGGCAUGGCUGUACGUGUUGAGAAAUGCUGAGAGACUUAUGUAUUGGGUAGUCCAUGGCUGCUGCUUGGAGCCCCAGGUAAUCCCUCACUGACUUGGCCCAGUCCUCUGCACCCCCUUGAACCAGCAACGGAAGGGUUAACAGCUGGAGGCCUGGGGGAUCCAGAUUGGGCUGGUGGCUAAAUGUUCUGAACAUCAGCCCUGAACCUCCCCAAUGCCAUUGGUGGUUCCUAAAAUGUUGGAUUAAAGUAAAUGCUUUUUAGUUGUCAAGAGCAUAGUGCUGUUUCCAAGGAACCGCUUAGUCUGUCCCACUAGAAGCAUCUUUUGGGAACAGCUUUUAUACCAGGCCACACAGGGCUUUGGGGUUUGGAACAAGCUAGAAGAUCUGUGCUUAUCUGCCCUGGGCCUCUUUUGUCACAUGUCGCUCAUCUGUGAGUUGAGGCCCCGACUCCCUUCCCACUGAGUGUUUCUGGGGAACAGGAGGAGGAGACGUUUCUCUCUGAAGAUGAACUCAACAGACCACCUCCGGGAUGCCCCCAAUGCCACCUCGCUGCGCGACCCUCACUCGCAGGGAGGGAACAGCACCUCCCUCCAGGAGGACCUUCAGGAUCUCAUCCACACGGCCACCUUGGUGACCUGUACUUUCCUACUCGCAGUCAUCUUCUGCCUGGGCUCUUACGGCAACUUCAUCGUCUUCUUGUCCUUCUUUGAUCCAGCCUUCAGGAAAUUCCGAACCAACUUUGAUUUCAUGAUCCUGAACCUGUCGUUCUGUGACCUCUUCAUCUGUGGAGUCACGGCGCCCAUGUUCACCUUUGUGUUAUUCUUCAGCUCAGCCAGCAGUAUCCCGGAUGCUUUCUGCUUCACUUUCCAUCUCACCAGUUCAGGCUUCAUCAUCAUGUCCCUGAAGACGGUGGCCGUGAUUGCCCUGCACCGGCUCCGGAUGGUGCUGGGGAAGCAGCCUCAUCGCACGGCCUCCUUUCCCUGCACUUUGCUUCUCACUCUGCUUCUCUGGGCCACCAGUUUCACCCUCGCCACGCUGGCUACCCUGAAAACCAGCAAGUCCCACCUCUGUCUUCCCAUGUCCAGUCUGAUCGCUGGGAAAGGGAAAGCCAUUUUGUCCCUCUAUGUGGUCGACUUCACCUUUUGUGUUGCUGUGGUCUUCGUCUCUUACAUCAUGAUUGCUCAGACCCUGCGGAAGAAUGCUCAAGUCAGAAAGUGCCCCCCUGUCAUCACAGUUGAUGCUUCCAGACCACAGCCUUUCAUGGGAGCCCCUGGGAAGGGAGCCGGAGACCCCAUCCAGUGUACCAUGCCGGCUCUCUAUAGGAACCAGAAUUACAACAAACUGCAGCACAUUCAGACCCACGGAUACACCAAGAGUCUCAACCAGCUGUCCACCCCUGCAGCCGGCCGACUCCAGCUGGUCUCAGCCAUCAACCUCUCCACCGCCAAGGAUUCCAAAGCUGUGGUCACCUGUGUGAUCAUUGUGCUGUCAGUCCUGGUGUGCUGUCUUCCACUGGGGAUUUCCUUGGUACAGGUGGUUCUGUCCAGCAAUGGGAGCUUCAUCCUUUACCAGUUUGAACUGUUUGGAUUUACUCUUAUAUUUUUCAAGUCAGGAUUAAACCCUUUUAUAUAUUCUCGGAACAGUGCGGGGCUGAGAAGGAAAGUGCUCUGGUGCCUGCAGUACAUAGGUCUGGGUUUUUUCUGCUGCAAACAGAAGACUCGACUUCGAGCCAUGGGGAAAGGGAACCUCGAAGUCAACAGAAACAAAUCCUCCCAUCAUGAAACAAACUCUGCCUACGUGUUGUCACCAAAGCCACAGAAGAAAUUUGUGGACCAGGCUUGUGGCCCAAGUCAUUCAAAGGAAAGUGUGGUAAGUCCCAAGAUCUCUGCUGGACAUCAACACUGUGGACAGAGCACCUCAACCCCGAUCAACACUCGAAUUGAACCUUACUACAGCAUCUAUAACAGCAGCCCUUCCCAGGAGGGGAGCAGCCCGUGUAACCUACAGCCAAUAAACUCUUUUGGAUUUGCCAAUUCAUAUAUUGCCAUGCAUUACCACACCACUAAUGAUUUACUGCAGGAAUACGACAGCACUUCAGCCAAGCAGAUUCCAGUCCCCUCUGUUUAAAGUCAUAGAUGGUAGAAAAUCUUGUGUAUAUGGGUUUUGUUACUGAUACUAAUUGACUUUUUUAAACUUUGGGAUCAGUGGCAGAUCAAAACUUAAAGAUUCAGCUAAAAAGUUGGCACUUAAGAUUUUCUUUUGUUUGAAGUAUUAAUAUCUUUUAAUUUGCUUUAUAGUUUCUUGACAUUUUAAGAUUUGAAUCAAUGUUAUAGGUCUUCAAAGUAUAUAUAGGCUUCAUUUUUUUUAAAGAAUAUGAAGGUUUGAUCUUUGCUGAGCUGUUAUUUUUAUUAACUGAGUUAUAAAUUUUGCCUUUUCUGACUUAGUGAAAUAGGAAACAAUACACCUUUUUGGCAGCAGGUUGAUUUGAAGAAACAAUACACUGUUAAAGCAGGAAACCAUAAAUGUAUUACCUAUAACUCUAUCCUUACCAAAAACACUCCUACUGGCAUUAGGUACUUUACUUUCAUAAGACAGCCAACUAAGAAUAUAGUAUUACGAUUAUUGCCAUUUCUUAUUAUAGAUAUUAUUUUAUGUCAAUUGAGUAGCUAUAUUGUUAUUUUAAAAAGAAAGAUGUUACUACUUGUUAAGAGUGAGUUGUUCUAAGCUGGGUGUGGUGGUGCACGCCUGUAGUCCCAACUACUUGGGAGGCUGAGGCAGGAGGAUCGCUUGAGCCCAGGAGUUCAAGACCAGACUGGGCAAUCUAGUGAGACACUGUCUCUAUUUUUUAAAAAAAAGUGAAUUGUUCUAUUUUGGAAUGAUCUUAUUCAAGAAUCCUAAUGAAGAGGACUGCAUCAAUAAUAAAUGUGCACUGUUCCUGGAAGAGUAGGCACUAUGUUGUCAUCUUACGCAGGAUGGCGUUAUGUGGGAAACAACAUGGACUGUUGUCAUGCUUGUCAGUCUUUAUUGUUGCUUAACAAGGCACAGAGAUGAAAUUUGGGAGCGUUUUGAUUUUUGUUUUCUUUCUGUGUGAGAAGAGCUUAUUAACCACCUGACAGUAUUCAAGUAACUAUUUAGAAAUAACUUCUUUUGUCUUUAUGUACUACUAUGGCAUAACAGAAAAAUUCUCAAGAUCUAUUUUCAAACUAAUUGUUUUAUUUCUCUCCAUUAACCUUAAACUGGAAAUGGGCAGUAAGGAAGAGCAGAUUAAGUAUUUCUAUACCUGACACUAAUUUUAUUAUAUGCUCUGUGAUUCCUAGCAUAACUGUGAACUCAUAUUUUUAUGUAAAAAUAUUUUCAUUAUACGGUUAGUAUUUGAAUUUACUAGAAUUUUGGAACUAUAACUGUUAGACACACACAAGAUGAGCAUCAAGAUACAAAACCUAUCUUUAUAAACUGUUACAUUCAAGAAUUAUUAUUUGGAAGGUACUUUAUUCCUUUGGGUGGAGGCAUUCCAUUUACAGCACCUCCCUCAGGCUGCUCACAAAUGCAGAGGUCACCAGAGGUGUGGAGAGACAGAGUAGAUCACCAGGAACUCUGCUCAGCCUCAUCUAACAGCUCUUAGCUCUCAGUAUUGAUCGGUCAUUUCUAGUUUUGAGAUUUAAGCAUAAGGUAUAGGUUUUAUUUUGUUUUUAAAUUCAUCUUUUAGGACUGACUUACAUACCAAUCUCUUCCCCCCUCCCUUUCUUUCUUUCUCCCUUCCUCCCUCCCUGCCUGACUGCCUUCUCUCCCUUUCUUCCUUUAUUUUUUGCUAUUAAAAUUUUAUAACAGAAAAUAUCCACUCUCUCACUUUUUUUGUAAUUGAAUGCUAUUUUUGGAAGUCACUAUUACCUACUUCAAUUGUGUUUUUAUAUUUUUAAUACAACACUAUUUUUAUUUAUUAGUACUCCCAUGAGAUAGGUUAGCAUGUUUACCUCUUUUCAUAAAGAAUUAAGAAGUCUACGAUCCAAGAUCAUUUGAAGAAUAAUGGCAAAUUAGGGAUUAGACUUUUGUCGUAAUUCAAAUCCUGGUAUUUAUUCUAAUAUCCAAAUAGCUUUAUAAUUAAUAUUAAUAACAUUAAUCAAGAAUCACACUUUUAAAAGGUAUAUUUCUCUUUUCAUUGGCCAGGCAUUUCAAAAGUGAUUUAAUCAAAGAUUGAAACAAAAGUGAUUUCUACUUGUAAAAUUUUAAAUGUCAGGUUUUCUAUGUGACCUUUGAGUUUGCGAUGAUUUGACUGGCAUGGGACCCAUCUUUGGGAGGUAAAAAUUAUAGCAUAAAGAAAACUAAACAUUUGUAUAUGAGGUAUUGUCUCUUUAUGCUCAUCAAGAAAUUAUUGAUUUAGCUUGCAUGAAAUACAUAGUGGGCUAGAUUCUUAGCCCUCCUCCAUAUCUAUAUGUAGAUAUAGAUAUACAGGUAUUUAUAUAACUUGUCUCUUCAUGAGUUAUAUAUGUCUAUCUGUGCCUAUAUCAUGAUAUAGCUAUAGGUGUAGACACAUAGCCAUAGACAGACAUAUAUAACUUGUCUCUUCAUAAGGGCUAAAAUGAGAACUAAAAGAAAUGAGGAUUCAGUUGAAUAUGAUUAAUUAGCAGAGUAUAUUAAUUAGUUCUCAUGAUGCUUUACUGUGAUGCAAAGUAUGUGAUGUAUUUAAAACAUUUUAUAAUAAUUGUUCUUAUGUUAACCAUUAGGCCAUGUCUGUAUUUCUGAUGCUUUUAAUUUCCUUUUAAAAUAAUGUUUGGAAAAUAAAAAUAUUGAAAAUCCUAA